AUGCAAAGUGAUAUAGAUAUUGAAACGGAAAAUAAUACUAAUGAUGAGAAUGAGAAUGGACCAAUGACUGAAAAUAAUAAUAUGAAUUCUCGUGUUAAUAAAAGAUUAAAAUAUUUACCGGGCAAUUUGAAAUUUAAUGGCGUUACGCCAAGUGGUAAACCAAGGCUCUUUGUUUGUAAAAUUUGUACAAGAGCAUUUGCUAGACAAGAACAUUUAGAUAGACAUUCAAGAUCACAUACAAAUGAAAAACCAUAUAAUUGUGGAAUUUGUGAUAAAAAAUUUAGUAGAAGAGAUCUUUUAUUAAGACAUGCUCAAAAACUACAUGGUGGGAAUUGUGGUGAUAAUAUUAAGAAAAGAAUUAUUAAAAAGAAAAAUACUAAUAAUUCAUUUGAAGAUAGUGAUAAACGUAGAAAUUCUAAAUCUGUUAGUAAAAUUUCUGUUAAUCAACGUAGAAAGAGUGAACAAAUUACUAAUACUAAUAAUGAAAUUAUUAAUAAUAAUGAAAAUAAUAGAAAGAGAAAUUCAAUUGUUACAAAUUUAUUAAAUAAUACAAAUUUAGAAUCACCAGAAAGACCAACAUCUUCAACAAAUUCAACAGAUUCUUAUCCAACUUCAAAUUUAUCUUCACCAUUUGCUGUUGAAAUUACAGCAAGAACAACACCAUACAGUAAUUCUCCAUCAAAUGUCUUUUCUUUAUUUUCAUCACAACCCUCAACUUCGGGACAAUCUUCAAAUAAUAAUUCUUCAUCUUCUUCAAGACCAAUAUUUAGAGAACCAAGUUAUUUAACUCCAGUUGGUUCAAGAAAUAGAAGAAAAAAUUCAAGAAAUUCAAUUAGCAAUAAUAAAAUAUCAUUUUCAAAUUCAAAUCAAAGAUCUGCUACAUCUCCAACUGAACAAAAUAAUAAUAAUAAAAAAAUUAAGAAUAAAAAAAUGAGAAAAUCAACUAAAUUAAAAUCACAUCAUUUAACAAGAAGAGCAUCGUUUAGUGCAUUAUCUGCAGAAAAUUAUGCGGCACCUUUAUUUAAGACUGAUGAAUAUCAAUAUGAAAGAGUUCAAUUUUCAACUCCUGAUCUUUUACCAAUAGAUUUUAGAUCAUUUUGGAAUCAUACUUUACCAAAUGAUGAUAUUGAUAUAAUUAGUCUAAGUGAUACAAUUGGAACACCAAUUACUAAUUUAAGUAAUAUUCAUGAAGUUCCACCUGAAUUCUGUUUAACUGAUGCAGUGGAUUAUAUUAAUAACAAUGAUAUUUCUAAUCAAGAUUCUUCAUCAGAUUCCGUUUCUGAAUUAAGAACUGAUGAUAUAUCUUCACAACAAUUAAAUUUUAGAACUUUAAAUUCAGCCGCACGUUCUCCAGGAUCUGCCUUCGGAUCCACUUCUGGAUCUGCUUCCGGGUCUAAUUUCUCUGGUCGUUCUACUGAUGAUAAUUCGAUGGGACCAAUGGAUCCUUUAAAGACAUUACAGCAUAGAAACUCUACAACUUUGAUGAAUCAAGAAUCAGUGAUGGAAAAUAUUCAUGAUUCUAAUAGCAACAGUUCACCAAGAGAUGUUAUUGAUAUUUUAAUGUCAAUCAGUACUCCGGUUCCACAAAAAGAUCCUCUUGAUGUGGAUCCAAUUUAUUCAAAUGCUACUGAUUUUAUGAAUUUAAAUUCAAAUGAAAAUAUGGACUUAUUCAAUUCAAAUAAUAUCUUUUCAGAUUUUACUAAUUUUGUUAAUAGUAAUGAUGAAGGUAGAACAACCAGUAGUAAUACAACUUUAAGUGAUCCUUUGAGUAUUAUUAAAAAUAUACAUGAUGAUCCUUCAAAUAAUAGGAUUGAUUCUACUGCAAGUAUUCCAGAGGAUAAUGGUUAUACAUUUUACGGUUUAGAUAGUAUAAACGUUGCCAGUAUCUCAAACGCAACUGAAACUGCUGUCACAAACAAUUUAGAUCAUGCAGAACGUGAACCAAUUACUUGUAGUUUAUUCACAGAGACUAUUAGAGAUUACUGUUAUCAGGUAUUAGAUCAUUAUAUUAUUCAUUGGGAUAAUAAGGCUCAAGUCAGUUUCAACCAUCAAUCUUCAACAAAUUCAGAUUAUUUAACUAUUCCAAGUGUUAAUGAGAUGAAUACUUAUUUGAUGGUUUUUGAAACUCAUUUUUUAAGACAUUAUCCAUUUAUUCAUCCAAGUGUAUUACGUCUAGAUUUUACAGCCUUUCAAAAAUAUCUUCAAGAAGAUGAAUCGUUAUCUAAGGAACAAAUUAAUGACUUGAAAAAUAAGAAUAGCAGUUUAUUCGCCGCUAGAACUGUUUGUCUACCACUAUUGAUGGCUACAUUUGGUUCUUUAUUUAAGAAUGGGUAUAAUGCUACAACUUUGAAUUUAUUUGAAAUUAGUAGAAGAUCUGUUCAAGUUUAUUUAGAAUGCAAGAAAAGAGAUUUUCAGGAUAAGAGAGAAACUUUUAGUUCGAAUGGAGUUAAAGAAUCUUCGGAACCUGCUCAAAACACAUGGUUAAUUCAAGUUUUAAUACUAAAUAUUAUUUUUGGUUUCUUUGCAGAUGAAUCACACCAUAUGAAUGAUCAAAUAGUCAAAAGACAGGUAUCUGCAGUAUGUUCAAUCAUUAAAAAAAAUAUUCUAAAAUUGGUAUAUGUCGGUUACACUAGUUCUAGUAAUCAAAGAUUUAAAUUCGGAUCUCAAUCUGAAUAUAUCUUAUUCGAAACUAAAAUUAGAUGUGUUUUGCUGAUUUAUAGAUAUUGCCAAUACUUAAAGAUUUUUUACAAUAUUGAAUCAAACUCAUUUUUACUUGAGAAUGAUAUUGAACAAUUAUGCAUCCCAGAUAGAGAAAAUAAAUGGUUAUCACACUCAUUAUUGAACACAGAAAAUAUCGGUAUUAACAAAAAUGGAGAUAUGAACCCAGUUGAGAAACAAAAUUCCGUUCCAUUUAUAUUUUUUUAUCAUAGUUUUUCGUUUAAUGAAAGAGGUUUGCAUGCAAUUCCUGAAGAUUUAGCAGGUUCAAUGUUAUAUUAUGAAUAUAAUACAAGGAAAUCAUCUUCCUUCCAUAUCUUUUUGACAAGAAUAGAUACUAAGAAAUUAGAACUAAACUUACCUAAUUUGAAAUUAACUACCACAGGUUACAGAUUAACCAACAAGAACAAUUCAAACUAUGAUAGAACUGUAGAUAAUCCAAAUGAUCUAAGUCAUAAUAUGGUGGUGGAUUCAGAAACUUUGGUUUUAGAUAGUAUUUUACUAAAAAAUUGUUUAAUGGUAAUGCAAUUUUUUGAAGUAGCCUCCUCAAAUUCAAAAAUUAAUAUUUCCACAAGUAAUAUUGAUACCAUAUAUGAUUACUUUCUAAACCCAGAAAAUUUAAAUUUAUUGAAAGGUGGAUCUUCUACGUUGUUAACUGAUUUCUUAGUGGCUUUAAAUUUUUCUAUCCAAAAUAUUUCUAGAUUGUCGGUUUUUGACAGUGUAACUAACCACGUAGAGUUAGAUGAGGAAUUAUUCUCUAUAUUCAAUUUCAAAGGAAUUUAUUAUAAUUUUUUGGUUAUUAUUAAAUUCAUAGUAGACUUCGAAGAAACUCCAAAUUUCAAAUUGCUCUCCAUUUUUCAUGAAUUAAAUAAACUAGCUUCACAAAUUUUAGUUCCAAAAUUAGCUGCCAUUUAUCCAAAAGAAUUUAAGAGAUUUGAAGAACUUAAUACGUCUCUUAAUGGGCUCAACGAUUGCUCAGUUCUACCAAGCAAAGCAACAUCUAAAAUGGUAAAUGUUGAUAGAAUUUCGAAGAUCAUUAACGAUGUCAUUGUUUAUUCAUUUAAUGAUGCCUCCUUCUUAAAUAUGGCUGAACAAACAAAUAAUGAAUUCUUAUUUGAGCAUAACCAAAAUGCUAAAACUUUAUUCGAUUUUGGAAAAUCAUCCAAUGAAAAUGCUAAUAUAUCCAACCAUAUUGAUCUUAACAAUGUUUUAACUGAAAUAGAUUACCCACUCGAUCAAAACAUGGACGGUUCAUACUUGCAAGAGGGUCAUCAAGAAGAUGAUGUGAAAAAACAAAGUUUCGCCCUUAGAUAUCAUUUGUCGCUAAAAUAUGCAAUCAUUGCAAAAUGUUUAUUUGCUAGUAUUAUUGAAUCACAUAUCGAAUAUAGUUUACUAACUAAAAUGAUCAACGAUUUUGCUUCCUUAGAGAAAAUUUUGAAUCUCAAAAUUAAUGAGACAAUUUUAUCAAAGUUUCAUAUUGCUUCUUAA